CUUGAAGAUGAAGCAUUUCGAGUCAGUUCUGAAGGAGACUUCAUCAAUUCAAACGUCAAAAGGAAAAUCAAGAGCUCCAUCAGCUGGUCUUUGAAAUAUGGAAAUUUAUCGGCUUGCAACGUCCUGAGCCGUGCCCACGAGAAGUCGUAAGGGGAAGCGUCUCACCUCUCUCUGGGCGGUCAAACACAUCUACUGUAACUCGACGUCGCAUCCAGCCGAGAACAGCCCCUCCUUGAGUCUGGUCUCGCCCCCCUCUCAAACUCCACGCUAUCCGCCAAGCAAGAUCCAGACUUCCAGUACGAAAUGCAACAAUUGCAUUAUUGUAGAGUUUUCAACCACUGCUGGACGGUGAAUGUGCUGCAUUGCAUUGCAUCGCACUGCAUGAUAUCUGAACACAACAUGCUUCUUCAUAAUCCGAUCUAUGGCUUGCAAAGUACAGUAGGCGUGACAGCUCAGUAAUGCCAUGCCAUGCAUGCACAUACGCACGUAUCCAGAAUACGUAAUUCGGAAACUUAUUACCUUACCUUACUUUACCUUUCCUGCCUCGCCUGCCUGGCUCGCUUGCACGGCAGUUAGUUUAGGAUGUCGUGGUUGUGGUUGUAUUUUUCCGCCAAAAGCAGGAUUUUUUCAUGACAGAGGUGCAUGAGGCAUCGAGGGAAUCCCUGGGACGUGGGACACGGGGGAGUGAGUCUUGAGGCGCAUUAGACGAACGAACGGUUUCUUGUCAGGUUUCGCUUCAACUGAUACACCAACACACGGCAGCGGCAGACGGAUGGACGGGUAUUUAGAGAGCGUGUGGGUGGAUGUGUGUGUGAUGUACGUGUGAUAUGAUGUGUAUGUGAUGUCCUCGGAUUAUUUAAAAGCUUGCAUUUUUUGGGUUGUUCGAGAAGAAGGUUAUAUUUGUUGUUCGUUGACGUGCUGUGUGGCGUGAUGGAACUCGACGGGAGUGAGCAGGUGAGGUUGUCCACGUGAUGUGCUGAGAAGUUCGAUUAACGACGGGAGCUGCCUCUUCUUUGGGUGCUGUCCACUGAGGGAAAGGGGCUAGUAGACUGACCGCUUUUGGUAGACAUCCUAGGUGUGGCUGCAUCAGCAAACGGCAUCGCGCGCGCUUUUGAUAAUACUGCUGCAAGCGCUCCACCGGGAGGCCCAACUAAGAAGCAGUGGAUACCGUAGCUCCUACCGUCCUCCGAUUUGAAGUUUAAUAAGACACAGAGCACAUUGGGGCUCGGGAAACAACAUGUUGGCAGUCACGAUUGUUAACUCCCUUCGACAAUUCAAGGCUUCACCUCGACUGUUGAAGCAUGCCUCUCAUAUCACGGAUCUAUUCGCUACAUCGCUGGCUCUCUGCGGAUAGAACCGCCACUUACCAUUACAUUCAAUCAUGUGCUGUAGCCACAUUUGCGACUUCACUAGGACGGCAGACUGACAAGCGUGGAUUGCCCCUCCUUACCGCUGAGAGGUCUGAUGGAACUGUUGAAGAAAUACCAGAGGAAGAACUCUACAGAUAUACGAGGAAUCGCUGGAUGCACGUUUUAUGUCCGUUCUCACCAAGCAAUAUCAUAUUGCUGACCUGGCAUAGAUACAAUGAAUCUACACAGCUGGCAGGAAGAUAUCUUAAAUUCAACCUCCAAGAACUCGUAAAAGUUGCAGUUACAGCGUUGUCGAGUGAGGGUGCUCGGUAUUGCACAAAGCUUCUCAAGUGUCGUGAAGGCCUCAACAACAAAGCCUACUUACUCACAAUGGACAACGGUUCAGAAAUCUUUGCAAAACUCCCAAAUCCCAUCGCAGGACCUGCUUAUUACACUACAGCAUCUGAAGUAGCCACUCGUGAAUUUCUCCGCGAUGCAUUACAUAUUCCCAAUCCUCGUAUUAUCGCUUGGUCUGCUGAUCGAAGCAAUCCGGUCGGCGCAGAGUAUAUCCUAGAGGAAAAGGCGCCAGGUAAACCAUUGGGUAGUCUUUGGUAUCAAUGGCCGAUGAAGUUCAAGCUCGGAAUGAUAUCGCAGGUCGUGGAGAUUGAGCGGCAACUAGCCUCAACGAAGUUUGUGAAAUCUGGAUCCAUCUACUUCAAGGGUGAUAUUCCAAGGGAUAUGCGUAGUGAUAAUGCUAUAGCGACCAGUGUGCCACGGGACUCUUCGGUACUGGAGCGUUUUCAGUUGGGACCACUCGUCUCAAGCGGGCUUUGGCGCGGUGAAAGGGCAAAUAUGGAUAUGGAUAGAGGACCAUAUAACGAACCCCUUGAUUUUAUAAAAGCUGUGGCUACAAACGAGAUACGAUUCAUCAAAACCCAUGCCCGUCCUCGUCUCAACUAUCAUCGCUCCUCUACACAACCCGAACUACCCGAGGAAGUCCUCGAUCUCCUGCAACGCUAUCUAAAACUAUCUCCAGCCAUGAUCCCUCCCCCAGGAACAAACGAAGACACACACUCCCCCACCCUCUGGCAUCCAGACCUCCAUCUCGACAACAUAUUCGUCGACCCAGAAACCAAGAAAAUCACCCGCAUAAUCGACUGGCAAUCAGCCUCCGUCAUGCCACUCUUCUACCAGUGUGGCGUUCCCAGAAUGUUUCAACAUCCCGGGACAGUUCGUGAUAAUUGGGAGUUGCCCGACCUACCAGAGGACUACGACACCCUUGAGCCAAACGAGAAGGCGAGCAUUGAUAGUGAUCGAGAGAGUGAGAUCUGUCUCAAAUACUACAAAGCAGAAACCAACUCCCAAAACCCAAGACAUUGGGCUGCCCUCCUCCAGCUACAACUCCACAACACCGUCAUACGAACAGAACCCUCUCGCCUAGUCCCUAACGUCUGGGAAGAUCGCGACGUGUUCUUCCUCCGGCAAGCACUCCUCUCAAUCAUCGAGCAGUGGCAGGACCUCUGUCCCGAUUCGGGUACCUGUCCAGUGAGCUCUAACCAGCAGGAACUCGCACUGCAUGCCGCGGAGGAGGAGAGUAUGGGGAAUGUGGGGGAGAUACUUAGGAUGUUUCGGGAGGGGUGGGGAGUGCCGCCGAGUGGGAUGGUGGAUCCGGGAGGGUUUGAUGAGGUUCUUGGUGCGGUGGAUGAGUUGCGGAGUUCGUUUGUUGAGGAGGGUGAUGAUGAGGUGGAGAGGGAACUCUUUGGAAAGAUAUGGCCGUUCCGGGAUACGGAUGUAUAAACUAUUUAAAGUAGCAGAUCACAGCGAAGUCUCCUAUGAUUGGUGGGAUUUGAGGUCAUUACCCGAACGUCCAUCUACUUAGUUGGGCUCGCUGGAAUGGACGUGGAUACUUUUGGGUUAGUUAUCGUUUAUAUUUACUGACUGAGAUUUCCGAGGCUCUAAGAAUCUCAGCCAUGAGGACGCUCGUGCUGCAAUUAUGGUCUUCACUAAUUACCUGGGACACCCGCAGAACCCCUGGGGAAUCAUAGAGAAGAAUGACAAUGGAGGUAGCUGAUUGAUACUUUCACUUGACCAAAUGUCGGAAACUACCCUGCAAACUAUCUCUAGACAAUUGAAGAUGUAUCGAUAUACGCCACGGCAGAUGACGAGAAGAGAAAAUGAAAUAGAAUCAGUGAUGGGAUGUGUCAAUUCAUGUCCUAAAAUAGCUAAGUGCUUGACAUCAAUCACGAACUAGAGGCAGACGCUGAGAAGUAGGACCUUUGGGAGUCUUUCCGCUGAUAGAAAGAGAAUGUAGCAAGCAAUACUUAGUAGCACCAGAAGAACAGACUGGUUUUAUACGAUGCGGGCAGUUACACUUGGCUAUCGUCGGUACAUUGCUUGACUGGUCGUCCUCUCUUGGGGCGUUCUUCUUAAUAAAUAUGGAGAGUAUCUUGCGCGAGGAAGAGU